CAAAGACGUCUUUCCAAUCGAUUCAGUUCUGGAAUAGCCAGCUUACCGCUUCAAAAGGUUUGAAAUUGGAUCAGUCAAGUCCAUAUGUCACUGUGACCAGAUAUCCAUGCCCCGUUUUGACUCGGAAAUGAGUUGCCGCGCAGCUUUCAAGCAGUGGUGCCUGAUCCUUCCUCUAUUUGCAUUCUGUCUCGUUUUACUCAGUUCUGUCAAUACUGUAAAUGGUCAAGUAAGCAGUCCCAGCGAAGCAUUGGGUCCACGGGGUCCCCGCGGUGAUCCAGGGCCACCAGGUCCAGAGGGUGGAAUGGGUCCACCGGGACCACGUGGACCAAUCGGACUUCCAGGAACGGAUGGCGAAAGAGGCCCGCCUGGUCCACAGGGAGUCCCAGGAACUCCAGGAAGAGAUGGUCGUCCAGGCGUUCCAGGAGUCCAAGGUACACCGGGACCUCAAGGCAUUGCUGGAUCUCCCGGUGAGCCUGGACCAGAGGGAAGCCCUGGACCUCAAGGAUAUAUGGGACCCCAGGGAGAAAAAGGAGAUGAUGGCUUUGAAGGUGCAAAGGGCUCUCAAGGAGCGAUGGGUGCUCAAGGUCUCCAAGGGCCUGUGGGGCCCAUCGGCCCCCCUGGCCCUAUGGGUCCUCCUGGUCCAGCAGGUCCACGCGGAGAAACAGGCCCUGCUGGUCGAGUUGGGCCGGUGGGUAUACAGGGUAGCGUCGGAACGCCCGGUACACCAGGAAUACCCGGAUCCGUUGGACAGAAAGGCGAACGGGGUGAACCCGGCAAGAAAGGUGCAAAGGGAUCAAGAGGAACUGCUGGUAAUCCGGGGAAACCUGGCCAAGCUGGACAACCUGGUAUACAGGGGGAACCUGGUCACGACGGACGACCUGGGGUUCGAGGUGAACCUGGAGAACGCGGCUCAGUUGGAGCGGUCGGAGUAGAUGGCCGUCCCGGAGAAAGGGGAUUGAUGGGAAGAUUGGGUGCACAAGGUCCGAAAGGUGCUCAGGGUGAAUCCGGUGUUAUCGGCAACGUCGGUCCAACCGGUCCAAUCGGUAUUAAAGGAGAAAAAGGUCAAGUGGGUAGACCUGGAGGCGUAGGAGAACCUGGUCCUCGAGGGCCACGUGGUCUAAUGGGGCCAGUUGGUGUGAAGGGUGUUAGAGGAGAACUCGGUCCCAGUGGAAGCCCCGGCAGUCCCGGUUUAGAUGGUCAACCCGGCACCGAUGGGCAACCCGGAGAACCAGGUACACCAGGAGAACAAGGUAUCUCCGGGCCUCCCGGCCCUCCGGGCCGUCCAGGACUUGACGGCAGUCCUGGGCCACGAGGUGAAAAUGGACCACCUGGGUUGAAUGGCUUACCUGGGCUGAAGGGCAGUAGUGGACCGAUGGGACCAGCAGGGUUACCAGGUGUAAACGGAAAACCCGGGACAACGGGACCCUCCGGACCGAUGGGGCAAGUUGGACCAAGAGGGAUCAGUGGUCCGGUUGGUGCAGAUGGUGAGAAGGGAACUGCUGGUUUGCCCGGACCACAAGGUUUCCCUGGCGAUGUGGGUGACGCUGGAGAACCCGGUGCUGAUGGAGAAGAUGGACCUGAAGGACCUGCUGGUGCAAUGGGACCUCCAGGACCUCCAGGGCCAGCUGGUGAACAAGGGCCACCAGGAACUCCAGGAAUGGCAGGUCCACCCGGCCCAACUGGUUACGAUGGUCCACCUGGUCCAGAUGGGAAAGAUGGGGAACCGGGAAAGGACGGAAAGCCGGGUGAACAAGGAGAGCCUGGGGAGCCGGGAAAGACUGGGCCUCAAGGACGUCCGGGACAGCGUGGAUAUCUUGGACCGCAGGGGCCACGGGGUGUAAAAGGCGAUACCGGAAUAAUGGGUCCACCUGGAGUAUAUGGUAUAAUUGGUGCUACCGGAUUUCCCGGAGAAUCUGGAAGGCAGGGGACGGAAGGGGAACCCGGAGAAAAGGGAUAUCCAGGCAUGCCAGGUAACAAAGGAAGGCGAGGACUGCGAGGAGCUCAAGGAAUCCGUGGACCGCCCGGCAUUUCAGAAGUUGGGCAGGUGAUAAACAGGACUGUCGUAGGAAGUCCUGGUAUGGUGGGUCAGCGUGGAGCAACGGGACCUCCUGGACUAAGUGGUGCACCGGGAAACAAGGGUCCAAGAGGUAGAAAAGGCGUUCAAGGAGACCGAGGAGAUUACGGAGAACGUGGUCCACCCGGACCUGCUGGUGAGCCUGGUGCUGAUGGAGAGCCAGGAAGUGAUGGUGAAAACGGACCUGACGGAGCAACUGGAGAGGCAGGUCCACAAGGUCCACCAGGUCCCCCAGGUGAUUUGGGGACAAUGGGACCACAAGGUCCCCCUGGACCACCAGGACCGAAAGGCUCAGUGGGACUGACCGGACUAAGAGGGGAACCUGGAAAAAGAGGACCGCCCGGACCACCUGGACUAACUGGAGAAUUUGAUUAUGCCAUUGAUUCAGAACAACUGAACUUCUUGAAGCUAUUGAGCGACAAGGCCACACAACAAAUAAUCUUGCGAUGCAUGAAACAGGAGGAACAGUCAUUACAAGGAAACGAGACAACCUCAGCUCCUCCUCAACUGGUUCAGUUGCUGGCAGACGACGAUACGCUUUUGUCUCCUUCCGCGCGAAAGCGCAGAGUUUCCAUAACACAAAACACCUGUGGAUUGAGCGCCGAAGGAGCGACCGUGGCCUUCGUCGACAGCCGACCAAGUCUUCUACCACUGAGGGACAUUCAGCUGACGAUAGACACGUCAACCACAAUCAGCGUGGAACUGGGUGAAGCUUGCUUUUCCUAGUAACACCAAGCAUUCUGUAUCCCAUUUUUGUCCGAACCCAUGUCAGAUUCAAAACGGAUCAGUCAAAACACCAUGCGACUCCUUAAAACAACGGUUAUUUCGUCCGAAACGGGACAAGUAACCUUUGAAGGCGCUUGUGCUGUUUGCUUAGUGUCCUGUACAGGAAAAAGAUUUGAAGGCUUUUG